ACCACAAGCAGUAACAUGAAACUAACCAUCCUCCUGAUUGCCCUGGUGGCCAUGGCAGCGGCCAAAUCCGCUCCUGGUCGCAUGGCUGCGCGGUACCACAAUUUCAGGAUCUAUCAGCUUACCAUUGAAACGAACUGGCAGAUGGAGGAGCUUAAGAAGAUUCACGAGCACAUCUCUGUGCACUUCCUCAACGAGCUGGGUGCUCCCGGACAUAAAUACAAUGUUAUUGUGGGACCUCUGUUCCACCGAGUUUUCGAGAAGACCAUGAACCUCCUGGAGAUCGUUCACAAAGUGAUUGUGGAGGAUCUGCAGAAAUUGAUUGAUGACUCCUCUGUUGGAGAUGAUUCCAAAAUGGAAUGGGAAACAUACCAUACCCUGGAUACCAUUUACGAUUGGGUUGAUCAGGAGUGUGCCGCCCACGAUUUCCUGGAGUGCAAAGUGAUUGGAAAGUCGUUCGAGGGACGCGAUAUUAAGAGCGUGAAAUUGUCGAAGCGUGAGGGCAACAAGGCCAUCUUCCUGGAGGGCAACAUCCAUGCCAUGGAGUGGAUCUCGUCGGCCACCGUCACCUUCCUGCUGAACCAGCUGAUCAACUCCGAGGAUCCGGAAAUGCAGCGUCUGAGCGAGGAGUACGAUUGGAUUGUGGUGCCCAUGGUGAAUCCCGAUGGCUUUGUCUACACCCACGAAGUGGAGCGUUUGUGGCGCAAGAACCGUCGUCCCAAUGGACACAGGAACGAGACCGGAGAUUGCUUUGGUAUCGACAUGAACAGGAACUUCGACUACCACUGGGGAGGUGCUGGCUGGAACAUCGACGAGCCCUGCGAUCACUGGUUCGGUGGUGCUGAGCCCAACACUGAAAUUGAGAUCGUAUCCCUGCAGAACUUUGUCAGCUCCUUCGAGGAUGGUUACAUUCGCUCGUACAUGGCCUACCACGCCUAUGGACAGUAUGUCCUGCUGCCCUAUGGACACUCCAACACCGAGUUCCCUCCCAACUACGAGCAGAUGAAGCGAAUUGCCGCCGCCUUCUCAGAUGCCGCUGCUGAUGUCUAUGGUUCCGCUUUCACCUACGGUGCUAGUGGUCUGCUCAACUAUGUCGUCUCUGGAGCUGCCAAGGAUUGGGCUUAUGGCGUGAAGAACAUCCCCUUCACCUGCACCGUGGAGCUGCGCGACAAGGGCACCUUCGGAUUCUUCCUGCCCUCCAACCAAAUCACCGAGGUGGGCCUCGAGGUCACCGCCGGGCUGAAGGCCCUGGUCAACAAGGCACAGGAAGAGGGUAUUUUCGAUUAAAUGCUUGUUCUGUAUGCGUUUUAAAGCACGUGCUGUGAAUAAUAAAUAUAUACAUUUAUAUUUAUUCAUUUGAACAUUCAAAAAAGCUGAAAA